AAUGGCGGCGUCCAGAGCAAGAUACAGUUUGUCAUUAUGCUCACGUAUAGCGAGAUCAAGAACCAUUACCAGCACAAGAACGUUAUUAUUAGGCAAAAAUACAUUGACAAAACCCUUGAGUGCUGUAACUACUAGUGAUUUUGCUUCUUUUGCAGCCAUGAGAAUAAACUCUGUAAAGUUUAGUACCACGAGUAUUAUAUCGGCAAUCCCUAGCAAUACGGUAGUAGAAGACCCAGGAAGCAGGGUGUCGUCAACAGGUGGAGGAGUGUCCAUAACCGAGAAUGAAGACGAUGAUGAUCCCUUUAUGCAAGAACAGAUAAAGAGAUAUGAUAGAUGCCGUAGAUGGCUCGCUGCCAUAAUGGGUGAAAAUGUAGAAAACUUUACAGACAAAGACGUCCAGGCAGCAAUUGAUUACUUGAUGCCGUCCAGUCUUUAUGCCAAAGAUGCAAGACCAAUGCUUAUGCAUCCUUCAGAGUUAUUCAAAAAGUCAAGGGGUCAGUUGUUUGAUGCAACUGGUCGUCCCUCAUCAGCAGCAUUCUAUACUGGAAGAAUAGGCUACCACGACUUAAUAUAUGAUAUCUAUAAGCAGUUUGAAAAGCUUGAGAAUGCCAGACUUGAAGUCAAGAACACCUUGAGUGACAGAGAAAACGAAGCUGCCAAUCGAAGUGAAGAUGUUGAAGAGAAAGAAGAAACACAAAACRAAAGACCAAUGAGAUGGAUAAAAAAGAUUGAGCUAGAAAAUAUGCUUGAGGAAACGCUAGAUGAAAGAGAGUAUGAAGUUGUUCUGUACCGUUUGAAGAAGCUAGCCUCACAACCCAAUGCAUAUCUUGUCUAUGAUUUCAUCAAAAAGUAUAUCUUCCCAGUAUUCACGCCUGGCAUGAAGCAAAUUUCUCUACAGGUUGACGAAGAUGGACGAGCACAUGGAAUAGGACAUCGCAAAAGAGCCAUUGCAGAAGUAUGGGUUAAAAAAGGUUCUGGAGAAGUAACCAUUAAUGGGAUUCCUGUGGUACAGUACUUCGGAAGGCUGGAGGAUAGGAAGCAAAUUCUGUUUCCAUUCCAAGUGGUUGAUGGUGUUGGUCAUUAUGAUGCCGAGUGCAAUGUGAUUGGUGGAGGCCCUGCAGGUCAAGCUGGUGCUAUUCGAUUGGCCAUUAGUCGCGCUCUCUUAAACUUCUCUGUAGGAUUUCAGCAACCACUACUUGAUGCUGGACUACUCAUCAGAGAUCCAAGAAUCGUCGAGCGAAAGAAGCCUGGACAAAAGAAAGCAAGGAAAAAGUUUGCUUGGGUCAAACGAUGAAGGAAAAUCCUUGCAAGGUUAUGUCGUCAAGAAGUCACCAGGAACGACAGAACCUUACAUCUAACUAUUUUAUUUUUAUUCCAAGGGUUUUACUGUAACGUUAAUCAAUGGUAUCAAAAACUAAGAAAGUUGUAAAUAUGAUAAAAAAAGGUAGAAUUUCGUUGUGAUUUAACGAUUUUUUUUUUUUUUUUUUUUUGGAUAUAAAAAUAAAAACUUAAUUAUCUGAUUACUUAAGCAGCUGAUUAAAAAUUCCUUCUUUAUAGGCCCCUUUAAGUCCCCCCUUGCAUAGAGGAUUUGUUAUGGGGACAAAAUAAUGAUUUUUUUGGUAUAAGAAAAGACGGAACAAUUCCUCUUCUUAACUAAUUGAAAAGCGCCCUUCAUAAGAACCAGUGAAAAACAAAACCUUUCCCUACGUUUUCUGGUCUUCAAAUCGUCUAAAGCUGUCUACAAGGGCGAGUGUAUUAAGGUAAAUCUUUGAUCCUUCCUCCAGAUAUAAUUACUUUGUAGUAUAUUAAAGUUCACAUCCAGAAUAAAAAUAAAUAUUUA